AUGCACCUCCCCGACGACAUCCUCCGCUUUACGGGGAAGCAGCGGAAGAUCGAAUGCGCGCUCUGCGCGCAUCCCCCCAAUCUUCCGACUUUCCGGAUUUCUGACCACCGUCGUCAACCGUCUCUCUUCGGCACAUUCACUGAUGCUCUACGAACUAUUGGCUUCUUGCAACGCGCACCAUCAAUCGACACCAAACGCACUUGCCGGUUUCGAUGCUCCACGGGCAUGUCUAUAGCUCUCUAUCUAUCUGUUGUACUUCCUAACUCAUUAGACAGUGAUAGCGCUGCACGUCGCUGCCUGACCCUUGCUCGCCGGGCCAUCACGUCGACCACCCCGACUUGCUACGGCAACUCUCAUCUCACCACCAUCAACGCCGACGCCGCGCUCAUCUUCCGCGCCUCGAUGCACGCUCAGCAGGCAUGCAAUUGA